AUGCGCCGAAACCAGUACAGCAGCUCGUCUGUGGCACCUCCUCCACCUGCACAAGCUCCAAUUGAUCUCUCAGUUGUGCUCGUCACGGGCGGAUACGACCACGAGAUUCGAUUUUGGGAGGCUUGGAGUGGCAUCUGCUCACGCACAAUUCCCCGCACCGGAGAGUCAGGACAAGUAAACCGUAUUGCCAUCUCGCCAGACAAACGCUUUGUCGCGGCUGCUAUUCAUAAGAAAAUUGCAGUGUAUGACAUUGCAAGCCCUUCGAACACGCCAAUCAACGUUUGCGAAGGUCAUACCCAGAACGUAACUUCAAUUUCGUAUCAUUCAGACGGCAAAUGGUUUGUCACUGGAAGUGAAGACGGCACCAUCAGGAUAUGGGACAUGCGGCAAGUUCAGAGUAACCAAUCUCAUCGUACUUACGAUAACCAAAGCCCAGUCAACGAUGUCCUCAUCCAUCCAAACCAAGGGGAGCUUAUUUCAGCGGAUCAGAAUGGAAAUAUCAAACAAUGGGUUCUAUCAACAAACGAAUGCGAUCUAGAGUUGGCGCCUGAAGCAGACGUACCAAUGAGGUCCAUUACAAUGGCACACGAUGGUACAUUUCUGAUCGCGGCAAACCACGAGGGAAACUGCUUUGUAUGGCGGAUGACGGACGAUCCAAACCCGCAGACACGCUUCAAAGCAGUUCACCGGUUCAAAGCCCAUGACAACUACCUUACAAGAUGUGUGCUCAGCCCCGAUUCACACCUUCUAGCUACAUGCUCUGCUGACACGACUAUCAAGAUCUGGAACGUACAUGAUAAUCAUACUGUUAGCCUGAGGAAGACUCUGACAGGUCAUCAACGCUGGGUCUGGGAUGCAGCGUUUAGCGCAGACUCUGCCUAUUUAGUAUCUGCCUCCUCAGAUCAUGUUGCGCGCCUCUGGGAUUUGGAAAAGGCCGAGACACUUCGCCAAUACAAUGGCCAUCACAAGGCAGUCGUCUGCAUCGCUCUGAAUGACCGAACAUUGGACUAUGCCGACUAG